AUGGCCAGCAGGGAUGAGGACUACGACCGAAGCUCGGGCUCGGCAGACCCGGAACAGCUGUACACCAAGGAAUACUGCAUCGGUGGCGGUAGCUUUGGCAAGGUGUUCAAGGGCGUCGACAAGCGGACCGGCCAGGCGGUUGCCAUCAAGGUUAUCGACAUUGAGAGCGCCGAAGACGAGGUCGAGGAUAUCAUCCAAGAGAUCGCCAUCCUGUCCGAGCUGCGGUCGCCCUACGUGACCAAGUACUACGGCUCCUACGCCAAGGGCGCCGAGCUGUGGAUCGUCAUGGAGUUCUGCGCCGGCGGCAGCUGUGCCGACCUGAUGAAGCCCGGCCUAAUCGGCGAGGACUACAUUGCCAUUAUCGUGCGCGAGCUCCUGCUCGGCCUCGACUACUUGCACGCCGACAAGAAGCUGCACCGCGACAUCAAGGCCGCCAACGUGCUGCUGAGCUCCAACGGCCAGGUCAAGCUAGCCGACUUUGGCGUCUCCGGUCAGCUGUCCGCCACCAUGACCAAGAAAAACACCUUUGUCGGCACGCCCUUCUGGAUGGCCCCCGAAGUCAUCAAGCAGUCGGGCUACGACCACAAGGCCGACAUCUGGUCGCUUGGCAUCACCGCCCUCGAGCUGGCCAACGGCGAGCCGCCCUACGCCGAUAUCCACCCCAUGAAGGUGCUCUUCCUCAUUCCCAAGAACCCGCCGCCGCGACUCGACGGCAACUUCACCAAGUCCUUCAAAGACUUUAUCGAGGUCUGUCUGCGCCGCGACCCCAAGGAGCGCCCGACCGCCCGGGACCUGCUCCGACAUCCCUUUAUCCGCCGCGCCAAGAAGACGAGCUACUUGACCGAGCUGAUUGAGCGCCACAGCCGCUGGUAUGCCACUCACAAGAACAGCAACGGCGGCGACGAGGAUGCCGAAGACGACGACUAUCAGCAGCAUCAACAUCAGCACCAGCAGCACCAGCACCAAAACGCCUCGACAGAGCCGGUAAACGAGGACAUGUGGGACUUUGGCACCGUCCGUCUGGUCGGCGACCGAGGCGUCCUGACCGGACCACCGCCAGGUCUCGGCCACGGCAGCGGUGGUAGUGGCGGCGGCAGCGGCAAAUACCGGCCAGGACUGAACGCCAUGGACGAGGCGGCGACAAAUGCCCGGUCUUCGCGCACCGGUGAGAGCUCUGGCGACUACGGAGAGGCACGGCGGGAGCCAAGCCGCAGUCCAACAAAGACCGUUUUUGACCACACGCUCAAGGCUGCGGCCGCUCCGGCAUCCUCGUCCGGCACUGCUCGCCAGGUUAGUCCCCAGAGGCGACCGGUGCCGACAGUGCUUGCCUCUACUCCACAGCCGCUGCCGCUGCCGCUGCCGCUACCACCGACGCCAUCGACGCCCCCAGGACUGUCGGGAAAGCUGUCCGCGCUGCAGACGGAGCGAAUCCUCGAGCCGAGCCCACCUUUGCCCAUACACAGCUCGGCCAGCGGCGGUGGCCACCAUCGAUCGAUGACGGAGAACACGUCUCCGGCCCGAUCCUCGCCUGACUACGACCGCGUGCUCUCGGAGGAGCUGCGUCGUGACAUGGGCAGCAUGAUCCUGGCCGCGUCAAUGUCACCGGCACGGCAGCAGCAGCAGCAGCAGCAACGACAACUGCAGCAGCCCAAUCAGCUCGAGCAACUACCUGCCAUGUCCAGUGGCCGCCAACAUAGCGGUGAACACAAAUCAAAGCCAAUGCCUAAAAUCGGGCCCAUGAAGCUACCAGAAAUCCCUCCCUUUCGCGGUGCCUCACAGCAGCUGCAGCAGCAGCAGCAGAAGCCGCAUCCGCCGCCGCAUUCUCAGCAGUACCAUUCGCCUCAACAGGCGCAGCAACAACAACAACAGCAACAGCCACAGCAACGCACCGCUGCUGGACCCAAUCGAAAUCUGGAGCCCCUGCUCACGUCAAAAGAGAGCACGGCUCGUGCUGUGGCACCACCAUUUUCUCCUCUGCCCGAAUCGUCCUCGGGAACACCGCUUUCCUUCCCGACACCUUCACCGGCGAAUCCAAACGGCGAUUUGGACGCUCUCAACGACGUCAUCUUCCCCGCACUGGAGGAGGCCCUUAAGCGGCGGCAGAUCCAUGUGCAGCAGCAGAUCCGAGCAGGCGCAGCCGCGCAGGUAGCGGCACCCGCGGCCCAACAGCCGGCUAUGGCAGUCAAGCAGCAGAGAACAGAGGCGGCGCACGAGAAGAUCCGGCGGUUGGUGUAUAAAUUGGCACAUGUGUGCAAAGAGAUCGACCACUACGACAAGGCCGAGCCGGUUGGCAUGGGCAAGGACGUCGGCACCUUUUUGGAGGGACUGCUGGAAGAGAUCCUCGUCAGGGUAGAGCCUCUGGACGAAGAAGAGGCCAUGUAG